AUGGAAAAUUAUAUUAAAAAAACAUUAGAAUUAUUAGAUAUUGAAAAAGAAUCAGAAGUUAAUGAAGCAAUUGAAAACUUUGCAACAUUAUCAAAUAAAGAAUUAGAAUUAAAAGGUGUUACAAUUAAUAAAGUUAAGAUUUUAAAUUUUUCAACAGGUUUAUCAGGUAGAAUUUUAAUAAAACUUGCAAGAGCAUCGUUUGUUGAUAAUGGUGGAUCAAACAAUAAUAAUAAUAAUAAAAAGCAAAAUAAUGAUAAAGAUAGUGAUGGUGAUGAUGAAGAUGAUAAUUUUGAUUUACCACCACAUAAAAUUUCAAAUGGUGAUAUAGUAGGUAUUAGACCAUCAAAAUCAAAACCAGGUACAAAUCAUUAUUUUAAAGGUGUAGUUUAUAAAGUUGAUUCUAGAAAGAUAGUUAUUGCAUUCGAUGAUAAUUACGAAGAUAGUGAUCCAAAUAAUAGACCAAUGUUGGAUGAAUAUUUUCAAACAUUAUAUUCAAUCGAUAAAUUAGCAAAUGAUGUAACCUAUAAGAAAAUUAGAGAAUCAUUAGAUAAAUUAAAAUUAAAUGUAAAUAAAAGAACUGGUAAUAGCGAGAAUUCAUUAAUCAAUUUAUUAUUAAAUGAUGGAUAUCAACCAUCAAAUAAUAAUAGUUAUUUUCAACAAAUUAAUAAAGAGAAAUUUGAACAACAAUUAAUAAAUAAAGGUUUAAAUCAAUCACAAAAAGAAGCAAUAUUAUUUUCAUUAUCAUCAAAUGAUGUAGCAUGUAUUCAUGGUCCACCUGGUACUGGUAAAACUACAACCGUUGUUGAAUUCAUUGUCCAAUUAAUUAAAUCUGGUAAAAAAGUAUUAGCUUGUGGUCCAUCUAAUUUAUCUGUUGAUAAUAUGUUGGAGAAAUUAUUAGAAUAUUCAAAUAGUAGUAGUUGUAAUGGUUUUUUAAUAAAUGCAACUAGAAUUGGUCAUCCAACUAGAAUUUUACCACAAUUAUUAAAACAUACAUUAGAUCAUAAAACAAAGAAUAGUGAAGGUGGUCAAAUUAUUAAAGGUAUUAAAGAUGAGAUUAAAAGUUUAUCAAAACAAUUAUUAAAAGUUAAACAACAUUCCGAGAGAAGAGUUAUACAAUCAUCUAUUAAAGAGUUACGUAUUGAUUUAAAGAAUAGAGAGAAAUCAUUAAUUCAACAAGUUAUAAACGAUUCAAAUGUAAUACUUUCAACAAAUACAGGUGCAUCUGAUUCAUCAUUAAAAGGUAUUGAUAAUUUUGACUGGGUUGUAAUAGAUGAAUGUGCUCAAGCAUUGGAAGCAAGUUGUUGGAUACCAAUUCAAAAAGGUAAUAAACUAUUGUUGGCAGGAGAUCAUCAACAAUUACCACCAACCAUUCAUUCAAUGGAAGCCGCUAAAAUGGGUUUAUCAAUUACCCUAUUCGAGCGUAUCAUUAAACAAUAUGGUGAUCAAGUUUCACGUCUUUUAAAUGUUCAAUAUCGUAUGAAUCAUAAAAUUAUGGAUUGGUCUUCAAUGGAAUUUUAUAAUUCAAAAAUGAUUGCUGAUAAAUCAGUUUCAAAUCAUCUAUUGGUGACUGGUGAUUCACCAAAAAUUAGAAAUACCUUAACAACAACUUGUCCUCUUUUAAUGAUUGAUACAAGUGGUUGUGAUAUGGAAGAAAGUCAAGAUGAUGAAGGUGAAUCAAAAUUUAAUAAUGGUGAGGUUAUCGUUGUAAAAAGACAUAUUGAAAAAUUAAUAGAAUGUGGUGUAAAACCAAAUGAUAUCGGUGUAAUCACUCCAUACAAUGGUCAAGUUAAACUCUUAAAAUCUUAUCUCUCUAAAAAAUAUUCAUCAAUGGAAAUUGGUACAGUAGAUGGUUUCCAAGGUAGAGAAAAAGAUGUAAUCAUCAUUUCAAUGGUACGUUCAAAUACUGAUGCUCCACAUAAAGUUGGUUUCCUUACUGAAGAUAGAAGAACAAAUGUUGCUAUAACUCGUGCUAGAAAACAUGUAGUUGUAGUUUGUGAUACUGAUACAAUCUCUUCUCAUGAACCUUUAAAACGUAUGGUUGAUUAUUUUAAAUUAAAUGGUUUAUUUAGAUCGGCUUUAGAAUAUAUUGAAGAUGAAUUCUUACCAAGUGAUACUGAUAAUUGGGAUAUUAGUUUAAAUAAAGAUGAUAAUAAUAAUAAUUCAACAACCACCACCACCACCACUACAACUAAUACAAAUAAUGAUUCAAAUAAAAAAUCAAAAAUUGAAAUGUUAAAAGAUAAAAAGAAUAAAAAAAGUAUUGAAGAAAAAGAAAAGAAAAAAAAUAAAGAUGAUUUAGAGAAACAAGAAGAAAAAGAAAAAUUAAGAUUACAAUUAGAAUCAAUCGUUAAUACAUUUAUGAAAACUUCAAUGGAAUCUCAUAGUUUUCCUUCAACAUUAUCAUCUUUUGAAAGAUUGGUUGUUCAUGAAUUAGCUGAAAAAAAUAAAUUAAAUCAUCAAUCAGUUGGUGAAGGUGAAAAUAGAGUAAUAACAAUUUCAAAGAAAAUUAAAAAAUCUGAUAAAAAUCAUGAAAAUGAUAAUGAUGAAGAUGAACAAGAUGAAGAUGAAGAUGAAGAAAAUGAUGAAGAUGAACAAAAAGAAAAUGAUGGUACAACAACAAAAACAACAACAAAUUCUACAAAUAAAACAAAGAAAAAGAAAAAGAAAGCAAAAAAACCAACAACAACAACAACAACAACAUCAACAACAACAACUACUAAAAAGAAAUCUGUUGAUAAGAAAUCUGCUGACGAAUUAUUAAAAGAAUUUGAAGCAAUUGAAUUAAGAGAAGUUGAUUUAAGAAUUUGUGGUAUGAAAGGUUGUGGGAAAAAUGUUGAAAUUUUAGGAAGAAUUUGUCAAUUUUGUACUCAUAAAUAUUGUACUCAACAUGCACUCUAUGAAAUUCAUGGAUGUGGUGAAAAAGCAAAAGCUCAAGCUAGAGCUGAUUGGUUCAAACAACAUGGUGAUGCUAAAAAGAAUGUUGUUGCUCAUGAAAAACUUCAAAAAACAAUAAAUGAUCAAUCUUCUGCAAGAAAAAAACAAACCACAACUUCAACAACAAAUAAAAAGAAAUAA